UUUCCCUUCCGCCUUGGUCUGCCAUCAAAGCUUCGUUCGUUCGGACGUCGAACAGCCCCGAGUUUGUUUCCCUCUCUUACCGAAAGCUUUUCAUCGAAGUAUGGAAAGCUCGGAACAUGGUGGAAACGAUCCCCCUCUCCUGCUGCCGUCUCUUCGCCUCUUCAUCCCUCCUCUCCGCCUGGUGUCUGCAGCCAUGUGGCACAUCGUGCAGAGUGGAAGCGUGCAGGACUACGGCAUUGUGGAGGAGUUCGUCAGCACCGUCACAGAAAUGGUGCCUGAGCUGCUGAACACAGAUCAGAAAGCUCAGCUCCUCCUGGGCCUCAGAGCACGGGUUCUUCUUGAACUGUGUCGAUCCGAGCAGAUCGCAGACACAGAAUCCAUACAGAUCCACCUGGACCGGAUAAUGACCCUGGUAUCAACAUGGACAGCACAGCCGUGUUUCGCUAAUAUCAGUUUUCCCGAGUCGAACUUUGUGGAUCAAGUCAAAUUGUUUUUAAAGGACCCUGAAGAGAAGGAGAAGUUCUUCCAGGAUGUUUUCCCUACAGACUUUGGACCUGAUUAUGACAACGCUCUGCAGAUGCUGAUGUUGGAUUUCCUGUCCAGACUGGAGAAGCUCCUCCCACUUCCAGGCAUUCAGGAGACAGCCUCCAUGCUCAGUGCUGUCCCCUCCGCCCUGGAGGAGUGCGUCCACUCAGUACCCGACCCCCAGAACCUAAAAGCUGUGCUGCAUUACCACACAACACUCGGACUUUUAGAUUUGUCCGAUGAAACCCAAACCAUUUCAUCCUCYGUUGGAAACUGCAUCCUGUCGUCGCUGUCCCUCCCUCGGGUGGAGAAGGUCAUGAUCGAUCCCGACCAAAUCGAGUCUCCGUCAGAGCAGCUGCAGGACUGCCUGGCCCUCAAAGUGGACAAUGAAACUGUGACGCUGCUGGACUACAUUCAGAUAGAGCAGCCUUCCACUGUGGAGCUUAGCGAGCAUCAGGAAACUGAAGCAAACGUGAAGGAAACGGCAGAAGAGGAAACCCAGAAGAUUUUAGGUGACGCCUUAAAGCCUGCAGCUUUUCAGCCGUUGAAGCAAAGCAAGAGGCUCCGGCUGAAAAGAAAAGCUUUAAAAGCAAUAAAGUGUUCGGUUAAAGCUAAGAAGAGGCGAAAGAAGCACCCCAACACUAAGACGUGUCCCGUGUGCAAUAAGACGUUCCUGCGAGCUGCAGCCAUGAGGCGACACCGGGACAUUCACAGCGAGAAGCAGAACUUUAAGUACAAGUGCGGCAGCUGUGACAAAAGGUUCAGGGACCAGUACGACUUGAACCGACACGUGCUGCGUGUUCACGAGAAGGGGGAGAGCACGGACAGCGUCCUAGAGAAGGAAGCGGCAGAACCCAGCACGUCUGAGGUGUUGGAAAAUAAAAACUGUUCAGUGUGCGGGAAGUAUUUUGCCCGACAUGGAGACAUGGAGCGGCACGUCAAGUCGCACUCAGAGGACCGGCCCUACAAGUGUUCCUUCUGCAACAAGACGUUCAAGAGCCCGUACGUGUUAAAACGACACGAAACGCAGAUCUGCAAGAGCAGAGAGAACAAGCAGCCGGAGAAGAACGAUUCUGAUCCGCAAACGGAAGCGAACGAGGAGCCGCAACRGGAAAACCYCGAAGAGCCGAGCUUAAAUCCACAACCGGAACAGAURGAGGYGCRGCAAKUGGAAAACRACGAAGAGCCGAGCUUAAAUCCACAACCYGAACAGAUCGAGGAGCCGCGCCCUGCUGCGCCGCAAGGAAAACCCCCAUCGAAUUCCCUGUCGUCUUCAGAUAAUCCCGAGAAAGUGAAAGUUUGUCCCAUCUGCUGCAGGAUCCUUCACCAGAACAGAGACCUGAAGAAGCAUUUACGAUCCCACUCUGAGGAGAGACCCUACAUCUGCAUCACGUGUGAGAAGGGAUUCAAGUACAAAGACACGAUAAAGAAACAUCAGACUCUGAAGGGUCACACGGGCAUCCGGGUGGAGCAGUGCCAGAAGCUGGAACAGAUGUUUGCCGGGGUUGCUUCCCAGACUUUGGAUGAAGCCGAUUUACAGGAGCAGCAGCAGAACUCGGAGGCGCCCGCCAACGCCUCYACGGAGGGCCCGUUUGCACCUGUGCCCAGCAUCACCAACAAAAACCUGAAGGUGUGCCCCGUCUGCUCCAAGACUUUUGUUCAGUUCAAAACSCUGAACCAGCACAUUCAGAGCCACACGGUAGAUUGGCCCUAUCAUUGCAUCCACUGCGGGAGGCGCUUCAAGCACAUCGACGGGCUGAAGAGGCACCACCUGUACGCCAUUUGUCGCAACAAAGACAUCCGUUUCCUGCGAAAAAAGCGUCCCAGUGACAGCGAAGAGAAGAGCGCCGACCCUCCACCAAAGAUGCCCGUGUGGUGCUCCAACUGUGGCAAAUACUUCCAGGAGCUGUCUGACCUGAAGGAGCACCAAGCCACCGUUUGCAACGUCGACUUGGGCGUUUUGAAGAAAUGCGACGACUGCGGGAAAGAGUUCAAGACCAUGACGACGCUCCGGGUGCACCAGAGGAUCCACAACCCGCUCUUCUGCAAAGAGUGCAAGAAGGUGCUUCCGGAUAAGGCCGCGUUCGAGAGGCACAAGCUGAUGCACGACCCGGUGCAGUGCACCAUGUGCGACGAGAAGUUCACCAUGCUGAGGCGCCUGAGGGAACACUACGAGAAGCAGCACAACUUCACCGGACCUUUCCCCUGCCCUGAAUGUGACAAAACCUUCACCGUGCUGUCUUACCUCAUCCUCCACCAGAGAAUCCACAACCAGGUGUUCCCGUUCGUCUGCAGCGUCUGCCAAGAGAAGUUCAGGACGUCCAACUGCCUGACGAUCCACCUGCGGAAGCACACGGGAGAAAAACCCUUCCUAUGCUGGAAGUGCGGGAAAGCCUACCGCUCAGCCUCCGAGCUCACGGUCCACAUGGGGACGCACUCGGAGAAGAAAUCCUGGACCUGCACGCAGUGCGACAUGGCGUACCGCACCAAGAUGCAGCUCCGAAACCACGUGGAGCAAGUCCACGACGGCGUCCGCUUCCACUGCGUCACCUGCGGGAAGCAGUUCAUGAAGGAGAUGUCGCUGAAGCGGCACGAGCUCCUCCACACGGGCGAGCGGCCCUUCCCCUGCAUGUUCUGCGAGAAGCGCUUCCUAACGGGCAACGAGCUCCUGCGCCACAGCCGGUACCACACCGGCGUGCGCCCGUACAAGUGCGACGUGUGCAACAAGGCCUUCAUCCAGUCGAGCUACUUGAAGAUCCACAAGCGCCUGCACACGGGGGAGAAGCCUCUGGUUCAGCUCGUCUACAUGAAGCAUGAAGUCAAACUCAUUUUCACCGAGGGCCACACGAGCAUCAUGGUGGUCCUCAAAGGGCCAUUU